GGAUAUUAGUCUAUUGGUGCUUGCCGGAAGCUUCGAGAGGGAGGAGGCUUACGCAUUCCCUAAUUACCGCCCCGACCCACGAACCCAAAUCCCAAUUUCGCUUCCCCAAUCGAUCGCCCAGGGUUUCCUCCGCCGCUCGUCAGAUCCGCUCCCUGUUCCUCCUCGUCUCAGGUGGCUUUGUCUGACCCCAUGGCGGCGGCGCUCGCGGUGACGGACGAGGUGGCGCUGCCGAUCCGGGCGGUCGGGGAUCUGGCCGCAGCCGCCGAUGUUUCGCGGGAGGAGGUGGCCGUCAUCACCCAGUGCGCGUCGCUUGGUGGGAAGUUGCCUUUUGAAGAUGGAUCAGUUGGUGCUGUUCUUGCUGUCAUUAAAAAUGUGGAAAGCUUGAGGGAACAGUUGGUUGCUGAGAUUAACCGGGUGCUGAAAGCUGGCGGAAGAGUACUGGUGCAGAGCUCCGCACCCUUCUCCAGUCAGAAGCCAAACACUGAUAUUGAACGCAAGCUGCUGAUGGGGGGAUUUGUUGAACUGCAAGCAUCUGCUUCAAGCUCGCAGGAUACUGUGCAGUCUGUUACUGUUAAGGCAAAGAAGGCCAGCUGGAGUGUGGGUUCUUCUUUCCCCCUUAAGAAAGCAACAAAGGCCCUUCCUAAGAUUCAAAUUGAUGAUGACUCAGAACUUAUUGAUGAAGACAGCCUCUUGACUGAGGAAGACCUGAAGAAACCACAACUUCCAGUUGUUGGGGAUUGUGAAGUGGGGGCAACAAGGAAGGCAUGCAAGAACUGUACUUGUGGCAGGGCUGAGGCUGAGGCAAAAGUAGAGAAGCUAGAGCUCACUGCCGAGCAGAUCAACAAUCCUCAGUCAGCUUGUGGCAGUUGUGGGUUGGGUGAUGCCUUUCGAUGUGGCACCUGUCCGUACCGAGGUCUCCCUCCUUUCAAGCCUGGAGAGAAGGUUUCCUUGUCUGGCAACUUCCUUGCUGCAGACAUAUGAUGGCAUCAGAUACAAUUGAACAUGGGCAAGAGCAGGAUACAGGAAUUACCUUGGUCAUUUUGUUCGUUCAUCUGGAUGUUAAGUUGAUGGUUAAGUAGUGUUGCAUACAGGAAGAACAAUCGAAAUGAAGUAGCUCUAUUAGCCUGUAUGUGUGCGUUUGACUCGAGUUCGAUCUCUUUGUAUGCACACGUGUGCUGGUUGUUUGAUAUUAAACCAUUGGCGGCCUAUCUAUUAUCUACCAAUUUUAUCUAAAGCU